UGUCCUUUCUCACCCUCCGGAAAGGAACAGUCGUACCCACCUCUUCCCUUUGUUCUCCCACAAAAAUAUCCACACACACACACUUACACAAACCAUCAACAGGUGCCUGCCAGGGUAGAGUCCACACAUUCCUUUCUCCCUCCCAUAAUUCCCUUUCCUCCCAACCAAUCACACGCCUGCUUUUCACAAGUUGCAGGGAGUAGAAAAGUGAUGAGGUGACCAUGUCAGGGUUUGGUAGGAAAGGUCCGGCACUGUAAUUAACACGAGGUUCAGCACUGUACCUCUGUACCACUGUAUUAGCUGUUUGUUAGAGAGAGGACAGACACUGUGGAGUGGGAUAUGAAAGUUAGUGUGAGCUUGUUAAGGUGUGUUUGUACGUGGUGCCAGUGGUGACGGCUGGUGCCAGACUGUGGAUAUACCGAUUGUACUUAUAAUGAAGACUCUGCUUUGGGUUCUGUGGUGCUGCUGGCUUCUAACUCUCACAGUGGCAUCUGAGGCUGAGCGGAGGCUACUGGAGGAUUUGUUUCAGGAUUACAACCUGAAGGUGCGACCAGCACGUACCUGGAAUGAGCGAGUGAUGGUCCGAGUGGGAAUGACUUUAGUACAGCUCAUCAGCUUGAACGAGAAAAAUGAAGAGAUGACAACAAACGUGUUCAUGAAUAUGGAAUGGACAGAUUACAGGUUAUCUUGGAAUCCUGAGGACUAUGACAGUAUUGACGUUGUGCGAAUUCCUCCCUUAAAGGUGUGGCGUCCAGACAUCUAUCUAAUCAACAAUAAUGAUGGUCAGUUUGACGUUGCCCUGUAUGUGAAUGUGCUAGUGAGGAGUGAUGGAACCGUCUCCUGGUAUCCACCAGCCAUCUACCGCAGCUCCUGUUCCAUAGAGGUGGCGUACUUUCCAUUUGACUGGCAGAACUGCUCGAUGGUGUUUCGUUCCUACACAUAUGAUUCCUCAGAAGUGGACCUUCAGUACGGUCUAGAUGAAGAUGGCAACGAGCUCCAUGAGAUAGUGAUUGAUGAGAAUGCAUUCACUGAGAAUGGUGAGUGGCAGAUUUGUCAUAAGCCCAGCAGAAAGAACAUCCACGAUGACUUGUAUGAGGACAUCACCUUUUAUCUGAUCAUUGAGAGGAAGCCCCUGUUCUACAUCAUUAACAUCAUCGUGCCCUGCAUCCUCACCAGUGUGCUGGCCAUAUUUGUCUUCUAUUUGCCACCUGGUGCAGGUGAGAAGAUGACUCUGUCUAUCUCAGUCCUCAUUGCUCUCACUGUUUUCAUGCUGUUGUUGGCUGACAAAGUUCCGGAAACAUCACUUGGCAUACCGAUCAUCGUUAACUAUGUAAUGUUCACCAUGAUCCUGGUGACGUUCUCAGUCAUCCUUAGUGUGGUGGUCCUGAACCUUCACCACAGGACUCCCAGCACACACCACAUGCCCGUAUGGGUGAGAAAGAUUUUCAUCAACUUACUGCCCCGUUACUUGGGUGUGCUGAGGCCCCAAACUGAGUUACCGGUGGAGGACGAACCAAAAGAAAACAUCCCAUUGGGUUAUCUGGACAAAGGUCUUAAACCUGGAGGUGAAUAUUUCAUCCGAAAAAUCAACCCAGAGCUGGUAUUGCCUUGGAGAGGAAGUUAUAAUGAGAGUACUGUGAAGUUGCAGAGGUUUUCAAACAGUGACAACUAUUGUCUGAUUCUGCCUCCGAAUCUCAAAUCUGCGAUCGCCGCCGUCACGUACAUGGCUGAACAAUUGAAGAAACAGGAUGUGGACGAUACUAUGACAGAUGACUGGCAGUACAUUGCUGUGGUUUUGGAUCGUCUCUUCUUUUGGCUCUUUGUCAUCAUUACUACGCUGGGCACACUGGCCAUGUUUCUGGAUGCCAGUUUCAACUACACUCCUGACCAACCUUUUCCAUGAGUACAUCAUCCUUUCAACGACAAGCACACACAGCUACUGAACAUAAAACAUAGUUAGACUGUAGUUUGGGUGGACUGACUCUAGGGGGCACCAGAAAAUCAUCUUUCUUCUCCAUCAAUCCUCUUUCUUUCUUUCUUUCUGUUGAUGUUUUCAUGACAAUAUAUUUGUUAUUUUCAAGCACUUUCAGUUCAUCAACUACGCUUAUGAUCACAAAUUUGCGUUUAUUACUUACUGUAUUAGGUCAGUAUAUUUAAUAAAACUUUAAGAAUAAUUAUUUUACUUCUUAAGAUAUUAAAAAAGUGUUAUUGCCGUAGUCUGGAUUAUAUGUGUUUUUUUUUUGUUGUUGUUGUUUUUUUACAUUUUCAUUGAUUCAGUGUUCAGGGAGAGCAUGUAAAUAAUUGCCUUAUUUAACUGUUGUUCUUCUUCUUCUUUUAAUUUAUUUAUUGUUUGUUUAUUUUGAAGCUCUUUCCUGUGAGAAAUUGGGCAUCUCUAAUGUCCUAGAGAAUAUAUCAUAAAGAUUAUAAUCGCAUGUAUUCAGCAUAAUCUAAACGGCCAUAUUUCUCACCUUGUUUGCAGCUCUUUUCUGUCUGUCAGCAGUGGUUUGUUAAAUCCUUCCUGGAUCUGACUUGUCACUGAACCAUUAGGAUAUAAAGUCUGACAAGCAUUCUGUAACUCUAUUUUUAGCCAGUCUAGCUACGGUAAAGUUCCUGAACUCGUGGCUCAUGUUUAGCCUAAAUUCCUAAAGCAAUGGUUCAUGAUAUACUUACAGCAGCUUUUAUUAGGUUUACAUUCAAUUAUCUAGAUUUACCUGACCAAUUUUAUGCUAGUCUGCUAAUAUUUUGUGUUGGAUCAUUUACUGUAGGAUGAAAUUAAAGUUAUUAU